AUGGCCUCUCCUACACAGCUUCAGACCUUUGCUACCAAGCCGCGUGUCUUCAUUCUCAGCGAUAUCUCCAAUGAGCCUGACGAUGCCGAGUCUUUGGUGCGCUACCUUCUCUACUCCAAUCAAUUCCGGACAGAGGGGUUGGUUGCGUGCACAUCCACCUGGAUGAAGAAUAAGGUGUGCCCGCAAGACAUGCACAAAAUCGUCGAUGGCUAUGAGAAAGUGGUCGACAAUCUCAACGCCCACGCACAUCCUAAUGACCCAUAUCCGACCGCCCAGUAUUUGAGGUCUUUGAUUAAGAAGGGCGCAGAGGCAUAUGGCAUGACAGCAGUAGGCGAAAACAUUCCCCUCAGCGUAGGCGGCCAACUCCUCUUAGACCGCAUUGAAACACCGUCUGAAGACCCUCUUUGGGUACUGUGCUGGGGUGGAACAAAUGUGCUUGCCUCUGUCCUCCUCAAAAUUAAAAACACCCAUUCCGCCGCCGACGCCGCCAAAUUGCGCUCAAGACUACGCGUCUAUACGAUCUCGGACCAAGACGACACGGGUGCCUGGAUCCGACACCACUUCCCUGAUAUCUUCUACAUCUGCUCUGUCCAUGGAUGGAACCAAUACGGUAUGGCCGCCUGGUGCGGCAUUUCUGGCGACGGCUGGUACGGUUUCGACAAGGGUGGUCCGGACCCCUCCAAGAUCAGCAAGGAAUGGAUCAAGGAGAAUAUCCAGAUCGGUCCGCUAGGCUCCACGUACCCGGACUAUAUGUUCAUUCCCGAAGGCGAUACACCGACGUUCCUAUACAUUAUUCAAAACGGUCUCGGCGUGCCGGAACAGCCGGGAUACGGAUCCUGGGGUGGUCGAUACAUUGCCACAGACAUUAGUGGCAGCGGAGUUCCGAACGGUCAUUUCAGCGACACAGUGGACGAAGUCGUGGGUCUUGAUGGCCGGAAACACAAAUCAAAUCACGCAACUAUCUGGCGUUGGCGCGAUGCUUUCCAGACAGACUUCGCCGCUCGGAUGCAGUGGUCUCUCUCGCCAGACCUGAGCAAAGCAAACCAUCACCCCGUUGUCGAGAUCAAUGGCAGAAAAGGUUUAGAACCGCUUCAUUUUGAGUUGGAGGCAGGUACCUCCUUCCAGCUUGAUGCUUCUGCGUCGUAUGAUCCCGAUCCCAAUGAUACUCUCACUUUCAAGUGGUAUCAGUACCGUGACCCUAGCGCAACACAAUGGUCUGUCCACCAUGAAGUGGGCGAGCUGGAGAUCAAGCCGCUCAAUGAUUCCGGCAGCAAGGUGGAGGUCACAAUCCCUCCACCGGAGAAGUGCUGUGUGGAAUUGAUCAGUCGAGAGGCGAUUGCCAAAGGUCAGCUGCUGCAUCUUAUUCUCGAAGUAAAGGAUAACGGGUCUCCGCCUCUGAUCAGCUACCGCCGGGUCAUCAUUCAGGCCACGAACGAGAAGUUGCUCGGUGGUGGUGGCGGCGCUGAGGCUAUCGGCGACGUUAUGCGAGAUGUUGUGCAAUAG